AUGCCAAGGGAAAGAGAAGACGCAAUAGAGGAUCAACUAUCUGUCCCAAUGGAUUUUGCGAUGAUACUGAAUGCCACACACAACUUCUCUCAAGAGAUCGGACACGGUGGAUUUGGGUAUGUGUAUAAAAUUGGAGUGUUAGCCAGCGGGGAAGAAAUCGCUGUCAAGAAACUUUCAGAAAUCUCGAAACAAGGGUUGGAUGAGUUCUGUACCGAGGUGAGGUCUAUUUCACGCCUUAGACACAUUAACAUUGCCCGCCUGUAUGGUUGGAGCGUUUACAAGGAAGAGAAGCUAUUGAUAUACGAGUAUCUAGUGAACGGCAGCUUGGAGCGUCAUUUAUUUGGUGGUGGUGAGCUAAAUUGGCAAACUAGAUUUCAUAUUAUCAAGGGUGUAGCUAAAGGCCUAGCAUAUAUCGAAGAAGGGGGAUACAAUCUGAUUCUACACCGGGACUUGAAACCUGAUAAUAUCUUACUUCACAGAGAUAUGACUCCGAAGAUAUCCGAUUUCGGGUUGGCUAGAAUGUGUGCAAGGAGCGAGAAGGAAGUUUUCACACAGCAUACGGCUGGAACGCAUGGCUACAUAUCGCCAGAAUCCCUGUUAGAUGGCAUAUUCUCAUCUGCGUCUGACGUCUUUAGCUUUGGAGUUAUUGUUCUUGAAAUUGUUAACGGGAAAAGGAACAGAUCAUUCUCCUCUUCCAUUGGCUAUCUUCUCGGCUACGCGUGGAACAAAUAUAAUGAAGGAAACUGGAGUGAAAUCAUUGAUGAGAAGAUUUAG